AUUCCCGGCUCCUGCUGGAUCCUGGUGGGAAUCUUUGCCCUCCUCCCUCCCUCCGGCGCCCGGGAAAGGCCCAAAACCGGGAUGGAGCAUCCGGAACCCCCCUUUUCCCGGGAUGAGGACUCUCCCGGGAAUUCCCAGCGCUGCGGGAUCACCUUCCACACCCCGAAUCCCUGCGGCCCCUCCGGGCCUUCUCCCGCUUCCCGGCGGGAUCUGGAGGAGCUCCGGGAGCUCCUGGAGGAUUCCAAGGCCGCCCUGAGAUCCUUGGAAGCGGCGGCCGCCCGGCAGGAAAACGGGAGCCGCUUCCAGGACGUGGUGGCCCGGGCGCUUCCCGCCAUCCACGAGGCCAACCUGGAAUUCCGGGAGAGCCUGGAAAACGUGCGCCGGGAGCUGGAGGAACACGUGGCCCGGGAGGAGCAUUCCCGGCUGGAGGAGAGGAAGGAGGAGCUCCGGCAGGGGGUGCGGGUGGUGUCCCACGUGCUGCUCCUGACGGGACGCCUGGCCCGGAGCCUGGAGGACAAUUCCCAAAGGAUCCACCUGGAGCUGAGCCGGAACCUCCGGAGCGACACCAAGGACAAUUCCCAAAGGAUCCACCUGGAGCUGAGCCGGAACCUCUGGAGCGACACCGAGGACAAUUCCCAAAGGAUCCACCCGGAGCUGAACCAGAGCCUCCGGAGCGACACCGAGGACAAUUCCCAAAGGAUCCACCCGGAGCUGAGCCGGAACCUCCGGAGCGACACCGAGGACAAUUCCCAAAGGAUCCACCCGGAGCUGAGCCGGAGCCUCCAGAGCGACACCAAGGACAAUUCCCAAAGGAUCCACCUGGAGCUGAGCCGGAACGUCCAGAACCCGGAGGACAAUUCCCAAAGGAUCCACCCGGAGCUGAGCCGGAACCUCCGGAGCGACACCGAGGACAUGGAGCGCUAGGAUGGGAUG